GGAAAGCUGUUGUUACUUCGAACAGGCAUGAACGUCAUUUCCGCUGACAUGUCCUUACCUAGUCUCGCAGAGAUUUCCGCUUCAUGACAAAAGAAGACUACAGGAAUGGUUGCGGAAUAUGAAACAAGUCAAGUGGUAUCCUACCAAGCACCAGGUUCUAUGCAGUGACCAUUUUACCCCAGACUCAUUCAAUAUCAGAUGGGGUGUUCGAUAUUUAAAACACAAUGCUAUUCCAACUGUUUUUAGUUUCCAGGAUCAGAUUCAUUUGAACCUGAACGCGAGCUCAGAGGAAGGAACAAUAGGAGAUAAGAAAGAGUCAGUUAUGUUUUGCCGGCCAAAAGUUAGCACAUCACAGACUCAAAUUGUUUUACCGACUCUAUCUAACGAUGCUAACAUUAAACAGCCUCACCUGUUAAACUUGACAAACAACAAUACAAUAUUGAACCUUGGAUUAAAAGAGGUACAUUGUCAACAGUCACGAAAAAUACAUCAGGUACCUAUUUGCCAGAGAAUGAAUUUGGAAACGUAUCAUGCAACCACUAGCCCAAUACCAUGUUUGAUCUCUGACCACGACAACGUAGGCUUGGAGAAUCAGACAUCAGAACAAGAUGGUUUCAUGAUAGAAACUCUGACUCUGCUCCAAAGAGAUCACCGUAGAAAUGCACAAGAAGCCUUGGAAUAUGAACAUCUUGAUUCUGUCAGCCAGACCAUUGAGCAGCUUGGUACACCUGAAGGAUCUGUGGUCUCAAUUGUCGUACAAGGAGAGGCUUCUGAUCAACCGCCUCCUUCCACUCUUUCGGUUAUUGCUAAUGAUCAUCAUUACACAAAUACUGCACAGCCUGAUUUAGAAAGUGCUGGAAUUUUAGAAAGUGAACAUUCAUAUUGCAGGCAGGAACUUAGCAGGGAUCAGCUCCGGGACACAAUUGCCCAGCUGAAAUCCAAAAUUGCACUGCUUGAAGUACAGGAAAAUACUACUUUGUCCCGCCUGAAAUCACUUGAAACCUUCAUCAAACAAUUAAAGAAGGAAAACUUGCUAUCUGCCGAAAAGCUGAAAAUAGUUGAAAAGUGUUUCAGUAGCUUUGAUAUUGCUAUAGUAUAGUUUACAGUACAGGGUUGCUUCUUCUUAACUCAAUGGAUCAAUUAGUCCUAUGCACUGAAGAUUUAAGUUCAGUAUUAAGACCGCCUUACCUACUAAAACAUGAGUGCACUGAACUACAUCCAAAUACAAAGAUUGAUAUUAUUGAUAAAAAUGAUUGAAAACUGAUUUCACAAUAGACUUACUUCAUCGAGAUGACCAAAGCUUGACCCUCAUCAUGAUCCUUACAAUGUCACACUACCAAUACCGAUCAAAAAAGGAAUCUAAACUUCUAAUAGUUGACAUUUAGCUUUGACCAAAGUGUAGCCUGAUUGCUAAAGAUUGUAGAUGUAUGUGUGUUAAUGUUGAACAAAACCAUUUUUUUUUAUAUUCUCAUGAAUUUGUUAGCAGCCGUAUGACUGGCCUUUCUGUGUGAUUUUGAUAAGUGAUACACAAUUCUAUGCAAGCUACGGGUGUGUGAUAUAUGAAUACAAAUGCAUUGAUGUAUACUGUUUUUUGGAAAAACGUGAAUUGUUUUUCAGCCAAUUUGCA